AUUGUUUUAAAUUCCCUGCAGUCAAAUCAAUACCAUUGCAGCGUGAACGACGGCUCGUAUAAAUGACGCGCAUAAUUUUCUUAUUGCUGUUGUUAGCGAUUUCUUCGGCGUUGGCAAUACGGACGGGCAAAGAAAAAUGUCCUUUCAACGACACGGUGGAUCUGUCAAACUACAUGCCCUACGACAACGGUUCCUAUAGCUAUCAAAAUAUUAUAAUACCCAAAGCUAAUGUCAGUAUCUAUGAGUAUCGCUUGGAAUUUCUGGAUAUUCGGCGUCCCGUACCUGGUCACCCUCGAGCUUGUGUAUGCGGUCCCAGGCACCAUGGAAAAUAUUGUAUCAAAUUGUGUUGUGAACCUGGAGAAUUCUACAAUGAAACUUCAUUGAGCUGUAUGGAAAUUCCGCGAUAUCAAAAUGUGCCGAGUGAAAUGACAAUUAUGGCCGAGGAUUAUGAACAGAAGUUGGUAAAUGUGUUUCAGAAAUUUACAUAUCAAGUGGGUCUGCCAUGUGACAAGCCAAAAGUUCUAUCCAGCGAUUUGGACACAUGGGACAUUUUAGAGGACGGUACUCUUAUGAUCUCCAAUUAUGAUGCGCACUUAGACACGGUUAGUUAUUGUCUAACGCCAAAAUGGGAUGAUUCCUUAAAUUUAAAUGUUUUUAUGCCGAUGAGCUGUCCAAUGAAGUCUGAAGUUCAAUUUUCAACAAUUCUGAAUACCUAUGGAAUGCUGUUAUCGGUGUCAUUUCUAGUACCAACAAUUGCCGUUCAUUUGCUGUUGAAGGAACUCAGGGAAAAUUUGAAGAAUAAGAUAUUGAUUUGCUAUCUACUUUCUCUGACUGUGGGCUAUUUAAUUAUAUCUCUGAUUAAUAUAACCCAGGCACGAUUUGAUUUUGUUUCAUGCAGCAUAAUUGGUUAUAUCGGCUAUUACUUCCUCAUGGCAGCCUUUGUUUGGAUCAGCGUUUUGUGUUUUGAGCUAUGGUAUAAUUUCAAAGCCCAAUCAUAUGAAUUCUGUACCAGUCGAUGUUUGCGCCGUUUCAAGAUCUAUUCAAUGUAUGCAUGGGGCUUAUCCGCCCUUAUGACAGCUAUUGUCGUAUGGACACAGUUAUCGGAUUAUGUUGAUGAUUUAUAUAAGCCCGGUAUUGGUAUUAAAGUCUGUUGGCUUGAUACCAGAAAAUGGUCAGCUGCCUUGUAUUUCUAUGGACCAAACACGAUCAUUUUGAUCUUUAGUGCAAUCACAUUUGUCUACGUGACCAUGAAAAUGUAUCGAAUGCGCUGCGAUUCUAUUACGAAGAUACAAAAACAGAGUUUUUUCCAGGAAAAUGUUGUUAUAUUAGUUCGCCUCUUCCUUUUAAUGGGUAUAACCUGGAUAAUGGACAUUCUGUCGUUCUGUGUACGCAACUACCCACAAUUCGAUAUGUUUUUUGUUUUGACAGAUUUCUGUAAUGCCAUUCAAGGUGUUCUCAUAUUCAUUUUAUUUGUUAUGAGACGUAAGGUGACGUCACUUCUUAAAGCCAAAUUCUUGGGAAAAACUGUCAAAGGAAAUUGUGACGAUUCGAUACAAUUUCAUAGUACCCUGUCGAUGAGUACCAAAGUGACGUAAAGGAGGUUAAUGCGUAGAAAAUCAUGUUUUAAAUUUGUAAAUGUCUUGUUAAAUUUGAUGAAUAAAUAAAUAAUUUCGUUGCAAAAUUCACA